UGCAGAGCAGAUGAGCGAUCCCGGGGUUUGUAAGAAUAAAAGUAAGUUUUUUCCUCUUUCUUCAACCUCUUCCCUUUCUUUAUUUCACCAACUUCACCACAGAACAAACAACAACAGGAGCUUUCGAUUCCUGAAGGAAGGUCGGAGAGUGAUAGACACUGACAAAUAAUUUCAAGGGACCUGCUCUUUGAUCUUCUUUCCUGGAAUCGAAUUUUCCUUGGCUUUCCUUUUCCCCUCCAAAUCCUCUUCACUUGGGUGUUUUUCUUCAUGGGUCUUCUCCUCCAUAGCUUACAUAUAUGGUUGGGUUGGAGCUUGAAAGGGAUUGGCAGAACAGUGGUUGUCUUGGAUGCUACACGAAGCCGGAACUAAAAACUCAUCUGAAUGAACCAUCAAAAGGUCAACAAAUUCAAUGUCAUGGAGUAAGGAAACCCAGCCUAUCAGAGGAUUUCUGGACUACUAGUACAUUUGAUGUGGAGAAUAGUGCAGGUCAAUCACAAGGAAGUAUGUCAUCAUUGAGUACAAUCAACCAUAUGCACGAUCCACACGGUAGCUCGGGCAAUGUACCCAACCCUUCAGAGUUUCUAAAUCAUGGUCUUCUUCUGUGGAAUCAAACUAGGCAACGCUGGACAGGGAAUAAACAAUCCGAAAAGCGAGCACCGCAGUUUCAAGAACCCAAGUUAGAUUGGAAUGUAACUUAUGAAAGUUUACUAGGGAGCAACAAGCCAUUUCGUCAACCUAUUCCACUCGGCGAAAUGGUAGAUUUUCUUGUGGAUGUAUGGGAACAAGAAGGGUUGUAUGAUUGAUUAAUUUGAAGAGUACACAAGGCUUGAUUUGGAAGAAGUUGAAUCAUAGUCUCACUGUUUUUUUUCAAACCACAUUGAAAUCUGCCUUGUAUUUGCUGAUCAAACGCAUUCAAAUUAACAUUUUCCCUGCUGCCUGCCUAUUUUUGGUGCUUGGUUUGUUUGUUUUUUGGUUUUUUGGUUUUUCCUCUUAAUGCCUUUGGUUUGGUAAUUACUGUAGAGUUUCAUAUCUUUACUCUGUUGUAGAAAAUUCAGCUGUGAUGGAAAUUACUAUUUUUGCAAA